CUCCCCAGCCCGGGUGGAGGCGCGUCCUGGGGGAUGGGGGGCGCAGCCCUCCUGCUCCUGCUCGCGGGGGCCGCGGCCCCGAGGGAGACCCGGGCGGGCCCCCACUCCCUGAGGUUUUUCUGCAUCGUGAUGUCCCGGCCCGGCCACGGGGAGCCCCGGUACAUCUCCGUAGGCUACGUGGACGACACGCAGUUCGCGCGGUUCGACAGCGACUCCCCGGACCAGAGUGUGGAGCUGUGGGAUCCCUGGGCCAAGCUGGCGUUUCAGGAGGACUGCGUCGAGGAGACGUGGAACCUAAGGAACAACACACUGUGGUUCCGAGCGCAGCUGGACUCCCUGCGCGGCCUCUACAACCAGAGCGAGACCGGCUCUCACACCUUCCAGAGGAUGUCUGGCUGCGACGUGGGGCCCGACGGGCUCUUCCUCCGCGCGUACAGACAGUUCGCCUAUGAUGGCGCCGAUUACCUGGCCCUGAACCGGGACCUGCGCUCCUGGACCGCGGCGGACACGGCCGCUCAGAUCUCCCGGCGCGAGUGGGAGGCCCGGGGUGAGGCAGAGAAAUUCAGGAAGUAUGUGGAGGACAAAUACUUGAGGUGGCUGCUCAGAUUCCUGGAGUCCGGGAAGGAGACUCUGCAGCGCACGGAUCCCCCAAAGACACGCAUGACCCACCACCCCACCUCUGAGCAUGAGGUCACCCUGAAGUGCUGGGCCCUGGGCUUCUACCCUGCGGACAUCACCCUGACCUGGCAGCGAGAUGGGGAGGACCUGACCCAGGAGAUGGAGCUGGUGGAGACCAGGCCUGGGGGAGAUGGAACCUUCCAGAAGUGGGCGGCUGUGGAGAUGCCUUCUGGAGAGGAGCAGAGAUACACGUGCCACGUGCAGCAUGAGGGGCUCCUGGAGCCACAAGUCCUGAGAUGGAUGCCCCCUCCUCAGUCCUCCAUUUCCACCUUUGGUAUCAUUGCUGGCCUGGUUCUCCUUGGAGCUGUGCUCACUGGAGCUGCGGUGGCUGCAGCUGUGAUGUGGAGGAAGAAGCGCUCAGGUGGAAAAAGAGGAAACUACCCUGAGGCUGCAGGCAAUGACAGUACCUCUGAUGUGUGUCUUAACCCCUAAAGUGUCCUUCAAAAUAAAUCUGAUUGAAUAAAAUUAUUCCUAUUGUUUUCAG